GUGAACGUACAAGUACACACACUUUCGCCCUACCAGUGUCAGUUCCUUCAACAGAAAAGGGGAAGAGGAAGGGAGCCGCUUCAACGUCCUGAACAAGAAUUCUUCAAAUUCCCCCCUCCCCUUCCACGCAACAGCAGCAAUUUUACUCUGCCAACAUGUGCACCGGGACAUGUUCUCGUUGUAUCGCUGUGACUUUGUACCCAUUAGCACUCAUAUCCAUCAUUUGUAACAUAGUUUUGUUCUUUCCUGAUGGGGACGUCAAGUACGCUAAAGAUGGACAUAUUACCGAGGAGGUGAAAUAUAUGGGAGGACUCAUUGGCGGGGGAGUCAUGGUGUUGCUACCGGCACUUUAUAUCCACGUGACUGGAAAACAAGGAUGCUGUGGAAAUCGCUGUGGGAUGUUCUUAUCAAUUGCGUUUGCCGCAGUGGGCGUGGCCGGCGCGCUGUACAGUCUGAGUGUGGCCGCACUCGGUUUGAAGAAUGGCCCCCUUUGUAAAGUCAUCUUGAUAUGGACCACGCCUUUCAAAGACAGCGACCCGAGUUACCUGACCGACAACACAUGGUGGGGGAAAUGCACGGAGCCCAAGAACAUUGUGCAGUUCAACACGGGAUUGUUCGGCACCCUGUUGGCCUGUAGCUGCCUCCAAACGGUUCUGUGCGCCAUCCAGAUGAUCAACGGCCUCUUCGGCUGCCUGUGCGGAACCUGCGGCAGCAAAACCGUCAUCUGAAUUCCGAGCAGACAGGUUGGAAUGCAACACGGUCAUGCUGAGAUGGGUCCGAAGAUAGCGCGUUUCAUUUUUCUUUUGCUUCGUAGCUGCAGUGCGGCCCCUGUUGGCAAGGAGCUGCGUCACACGCUCUUGAAAAUGCGUCUGGUUCACACGUUGUCCUUAUGUCAAUUUGAGUGUUUUGAUGAAUAUACUCGGCUGACAAAAUCCUUCAAGGCAUAUUUGGCUUUCGGCUGGAAUUUCAGGUCGAACCUAAAAUGCUCUACAAUCUUUGUAAAAAGCUGAAUCGCCCUUGAUUUUUUUUUGGGAGGGUGGUGAAGAGUGAGUGAACUAUAUUAUAACAAGAAUAAGAAUGUUAUCUCCACACUCCACAGUAUUGUUUACCGUUAACUGCAACAGAAUUGAUGCUUCUCAGUAAAAAUCUGUCAAGGAUGCUAAAAAGAAACACAGAAAAAUAAGCUGUUUCAGUGGAACGUUUAAUAUGGAUAUUAUAACUACAAUAUCAAGAUAAUUAAAUAUAUCAUGGAUAGAGUUCAAUUGUUGGCAUUUUCUUAAUAAAACAUGUCUCAACAA